UUUUAAUACUUUUAUUAGGUACCUACGUCCUUUAUGUACAUACAUUGAUAAAUUUACAUUGCUUUAUCAUUGGGAAUAGUCUGCUGCAUUCAUGUAAAUUAGAUAAAUCUAUAGACCUGCGUGAAUGCUGUCUCAUUUCAGAGUUGAUAAGAGGAUGUACCUAUCAUUUUGAGACAGUGAUAAGCGCAGUAUCAAUUUGUUUAAAUUGUUUGAUUGUAACAGUUCGCUUUAAUAGUAAAUUAAUCGAAUUACAUUACAAUGACCAAGUACGGACCGGAGCAUCCAAGAAAUUUGAUCCCAGAGCUAUGCAACCAGUUCUAUCACUUAGGAUGGGUCACCGGCACUGGAGGAGGUAUUUCUAUUAAGGAAGGGGAGAAAAUCUUCAUAGCCCCAUCAGGAGUGCAGAAGGAGCGUAUGAAACCUGACGAUUUAUUUGUACAAACUAUAAAUGAUGAAGACCUGGAACUACCGCCGCCUGACAAAAAGCUAAAGAAGAGUCAAUGCACGCCGCUCUUCAUGUUAGCGUAUCGUUAUCGCGGCGCGGGCGCAGUCAUACACACGCACUCGCCGCACGCGGUGCGCUGCACACUGCUAUAUGACAAGGAGUUCGUCAUCACACACCAGGAGAUGAUUAAGGGCAUAAAAGACGCGAAACUCGAUCGCUACCUCCGCUACGACGAGAAGCUAGUAGUACCUAUCAUAGAGAAUACUCCAUUUGAACGAGACUUAGCGGGGAGUUUGGCAGAAGCCAUAGAGAAAUACCCCGGAACCAGUGCGGUAUUGGUGAGGAGGCACGGUGUCUAUGUUUGGGGAGACACUUGGCAGGCCGCUAAGACUAUGACCGAAUGUUACGACUAUUUAUUCGAAAUGGCAGUGGAGAUGAAGAAACUUGGGCUGGAUCCAGCCUUCAACCCUGAGACGGCAGAAAAUGGUAAAUCGUAAACGUAUGGGAUGUAUGUAAGUAGGUAUGUACAUAAAAUAUGUUGGAAUAUUUUGUUUAAUAUAUUUUUAAGUAUAACUUUCAGAAGAAUAAUUUAUAACUUGCGAUGUUAAGUAUAUUUUUGUAGUUAAUGUAACAAUGUUGUAAGUAUAUAUUUCUCAAAUGUAUUUUUUACCAAUUUUCGAAUUCUACUAAGCCCUGAAAAAGUUUAAAAAUCGAAUAUGUGUGAUUUUUUUCUCGAAUGUUAACUUUUAUUACUGAAAGUAAUAGGAAUCUGAAUAUAUAUUGUUAAGUUUAACUUUUAUAUGAAAACAUUUUAGGAAUCAGUGUCUUUCGAAUAUGAAAGUAUACUUAGUAGUUAACAGUUAUUUUUGUAUAAAUAAAAAUACAAUAUUGAACAGGAAAAAA